CUCCAACCUCCUCUGCAGCGAGCAGCACAGAAGCUAAGACAGAGCCGGCGGCGGCGGCGCAGCGAGCGAGCAGCGACCGCGCUCCUACCCAGCUCUGCCCCAUCGCUCCUGCCUGUCUCCGCGCCCCCAGCCCCUCGACCCGCCUCGGACUAACCGCGACUAUGAUGUUCUCUGGCUUCAACGCCGAUUACGAGGCUUCCUCCUCCCGCUGCAGCAGCGCCUCCCCAGCCGGGGACAGUCUCUCCUACUACCACUCGCCGGCCGACUCCUUCUCCAGCAUGGGCUCUCCCGUCAAUGCGCAGGACUUUUGCGCGGAUCUGGCCGUCUCCAGUGCCAACUUCAUUCCCACGGUGACUGCCAUCUCCACCAGCCCGGACCUGCAGUGGCUGGUGCAGCCUACCCUGGUUUCCUCCGUGGCCCCGUCCCAGACGAGAGCCCCCCACUCCUACGGAGUGGCCACCCCUGCGGCCGGGCCUUACUCCAGGCCUGGGUCGGUGAAGACUAUGAGCGGCGGCCGGGCGCAGAGCAUCGGCAGGCGGGGCAAGGUGGAACAGCUGUCCCCGGAAGAAGAGGAGAAAAGGAGAAUCCGAAGGGAAAGGAAUAAGAUGGCAGCAGCUAAGUGCCGGAACCGAAGGCGGGAGCUGACAGACACCCUCCAAGCGGAGACUGACCAACUGGAGGACGAGAAAUCAGCCUUGCAGACUGAGAUCGCCAACUUGCUGAAGGAGAAGGAGAAACUCGAGUUUAUCCUGGCAGCCCACCGGCCGGCCUGCAAGAUCCCAGAUGACCCAGGCUUCCCAGAAGAGAUGUCUGUGACUUCUCUUGAUCUGAGCGGGGGCCUGACCCAAGCGACCAGCCCCGACUCGGAGGAGGCCUUCACCUUGCCCCUCCUCAAUGACCCCGAGCCCAAGCCCGCCGUGGAGCCGGUCAAGAGCAUCAGCAGCGUGGAGAUGAAGGCUGAGCCCUUCGAUGACUUCCUGUUCCCCGCCUCGUCCAGGCCCAGCGGCUCUGAGACCGCCCGCUCCGUGCCCGACAUGGACUUGUCUGGUUCCUUCUAUGCAGCAGACUGGGAGCCGCUGCACGGUGGUUCCCUGGGGAUGGGGCCCAUGGCCACAGAGCUGGAGCCCCUGUGCACCCCAGUGGUCACCUGUACUCCCAGCUGCACUACCUACACGUCUUCCUUCGUCUUCACCUACCCAGAGGCCGACUCCUUCCCCAGCUGCGCCGCAGCCCACCGCAAGGGCAGCAGCAGCAACGAGCCUUCCUCUGACUCGCUCAGCUCCCCCACGCUGCUGGCCCUGUGAGCAGUCAGGGAGCGGGAGGCAGGAGGCCCCCAGGGCCGCUGCCCCGAGUUGGUGCAUUACAGAGAGGAGAAACACGUCUUCCCUCAAGGGGUUCCGUAGACCUAGGGAGGAUCUUAUCUGUGCGUGAAACACACCAGGCUGUGGGCCUCAAGGACUUGAAAGCAUCCACGUGUGGACUUGAGUCCUUACCUCUUCCGGAGAUGUAGCAAAAAAACAAAAAAACAAAAAAAACGCAUGGAGUGUGUAUCGUCCCCAGUGACACAUCUGAGAGCUGGUAGUUAGUAGCAUGUUGAGCCAGGCCUGGGUCUGUGUCUCUUUCUCUUUCUCUUUAGUCUUCUCAUAGCAUUAACUAAUCUAUUGGGUUCAUUAUUGGAAUUAACCUGGUGCUGGAUAUUUUCAAAUUGUAUCUAGUGCAGCUGAUUUUAACAAUAACUACUGUGUUCCCGGCAAUAGUGUGUUCUGAUUAGCAAUGACCAAUAUUAAACUAAGAAAAGAUAAUGACUUUAUUUUCGAGUAGAUAGAAAUAAAUAGCUAUAUCCAUGUACUGUAGUUUCUCUCCAACAUCAAUGUUCAUUGUAAUGUUACUGAUCAUGCAUUGUCGAGGUGGUCUGAAUGUUCUGACAUUAACAGUUUUCCAUGAAAACGUUUUAUUGUGUUUUUAAUUUAUUUAUUAAGAUGGAUUCUCAGAUAUUUAUAUUUUUAUUUUAUUUUUUUCUACCUUGAGGUCUUUUGACAUGUGGAAAGUGAAACUGAAUGAAAAAUUUAAGCAUUGUUUGCUUAUUGUUCAAAGACAUUGUCAAUAAAAGCAUUUAAGUUUGAAUGCGA